AUGGCUGCAGUUCCCCUACACAUUGAGGAGGGGGUGAAACUCGAAUUCGACAUUGCUGAAGUGAACGAGCAGGGAAAGCUUGCCACUGAAAAGGUCUUGAACCGAAAAUUCGACUUCCGCAUUCUCCCAUGCUUGUUUCUUCUCUACUUCUUCUCCUUUAUGGACAGGGCUAGUAUUGGGAACGCCAGCAUUGCUGGAUUGAACGCCGACCUCAAGCUGCAAGGCCAAAGCUACAGUGUCGCGUUGGCUCUCUUUUUCAUCUGUUACUUGAUUGUCGACCUUCCGGCCGGCUUGGUGUUCAAGAUCAUCGGCCCUCGCCCCUUUCUCUGCAUCAGCAUCUUUUUGUUUGGCACUUGCACCAUCUGCCUCGGAUUCGUCAAGACUGCAUCUCAACUAUAUGCAGUCCGGUGUCUUCUCGGGCUCUGUGAAGGGGGCUUGACCCCAUGUAUCGCCAUCUACAUGGGCAUGUUCUAUCCACCCGAUCAUUUACAGCGACGCCUGGCUGUCUACUACUGUGCUGCACCCCUGAGUGGUGCAGUCGGUGGCCUACUCGCGUCUGGUCUCGGAAAAAUUCAAGUCGGAUCUUACAGGCACUGGCCAUGGAUUUUCUUCAUCGAAGGAGCCAUCUCCAUGAUCGUCGGGGUUGUCUGCUUUUUCAUCCUACCUAACAUGCCAGGCCAAUCCAGGUUUUUGACCGAAGAAGAGCGCGAGGUGGCCAGAAUCAGGUCAGGAAAGAUUAGCCGCACCAUCGACGUCAAUCAUGAACAAGAGAAGUUCACCUGGGCAGCAGUGAAACUAGGGCUUCUGGACUGGAACACAAUCCUUCUUUCCACUAUUAGCAUCGGAACGUAUUGCAACAUCUACGCCUACAGCCUUUUCUCCCCCGCCAUCAUCAAAAGCUUUGGGUACAGCACGAUCCAGUCUCAGCUUCUCAGCGUGCCUCCGUACAUAUUCGGCACCAUUUGUGUCUUCAUGACCUCGAUCGCGGCGGAUCACGUUCACAUCCGCGGGCCUUUUGUGCUUGGCCCGUGCUGUAUUGAGAUCAUCGGCUGGAUCAUCCAGAUGACAUGCAAGGGUGUCGCAGUGAGAUACUUCGGGCUCUUCUUGGUCGCGGGCUCGAUCUACCCGAUCAUCAACUCGACCACAUCCUGGCUGAUCGGUAAUCUGCAGCCUCACUAUGUCCGUGCUACCGGGAUGUCGUUUGCCGUGACGCUAGGGACGACUGGCGGAAUCAUUUCGACCUUCACCUACGCAAAUGCAAAGACCAAUGUUGCUAAUGGCGUGGAACUGGCUAUGACUGUCAUGGUAGUUGCACUAUCUGUACUGUUGAUGUGGUUGAAUCAUGCAGAGAACAAGUUGAGAGCUCGCGGCGGUCGAGACUAUCGGCUCAACGAAGGGGUUAGUGCGGCACAGCUAGGAUCGCGCCACCCAGACUAUGUUCUUUCUCUCUAA